AUGCCCACAAGUGCCAUGGAGCUUGUGACCCUUGAUACUGCUGAUAUUGCAAAUCUCGGCUAUCCGCAAAAACCAGGUCACCCACCAAAGGGAAGUCCGAGAAAAGGGAAUCCGUCCAAGGGUCGUCGUGGUGUCCCUAAGGCAUUGACCAGGGCACGCAUUGACCAGAUUAAAGCCGAAAGACAGUCGGAAAUUAUGUACCACCUGAAGUUGAAACGAAUGAUCGAGAGAAAUGCCCGGCUUCGCAAUGAGCUAGCCAAAGAUAGGAUUUAUGCCUCCAACGCAUGUCUAUCUCUAAUAAGAUACAUGCACACGACUCGCGACAGACUUAUACCUCCUUUAUGGGGCUAUUUAGAGGAAGAAGAGUCCGUCAUUGAAGAACCUAGUUCUACGUGCUGUACCAUAAGCUAA